AACUCUUCUGUGGGUCCUCUGCUCCGAAGCCAGCGAUUGCCUCAGGUUUGUUGGUGAGACCAUCUCCAGAAAGCUUCAAUUCAUUGCUUUCGUGGGAAGGGUUUGUGUGUGCGGUCCACUGGAUUAAAAUAUAAUUCAAGCGGCGAGAAGUAAUCGUGCGGUUGCAGAGGCAGCCUUGCUGAGUUUCUGUUUUGGGAAAUCCAGCCUAGGGCUACGAUCCUGUGGUAGUUGGGUCGUCAGAAACAGGGUUUAGGGUUUGAGAUAGGUGGAGAUAGGGAAAAUGGGUGGAUUUUCGCUGAGCAGGCAGUGCGCGUCUCGCUGGUCGUCUACGUGUUGUGGGUGGGAAGGUUUCUGAGGAGCUGACUGGAGCCAGCAGCUUCACGCAGUCACAGGUAUGGCGUCGCCGAAUCCUAGCCUCCGGAAGCCGGUGUUUGUCAAAGUGGAUCAGUUACGGCCGGGAACCGCCGGGCACACCUUGACGGUUAAGGUGGUGAGCACGAAGCUGGUGUUGCAGAAGGCUCGCCCGGAUGGGAACCAGGUGCGUCAGGUGCGGAUUGCGGAGUGUCUUGUCGGCGACGACACGGGUGUUAUUGUUUUCACUGCCAGGAAUGAUCAAGUUGACUUGAUGAAGGAAGGAGUGACAGUCAUCUUAAGGAAUGCCAAGAUUGACAUGUUCAAGGGCUCUAUGCGAUUGGCGGUGGACAAGUGGGGACGAGUCGAGCUGACUGAGGCGGCAGAUUUUGUUGUGAAGGAGGACAACAACUUCUCACUUGUGGAGUACGAGCUGGUUAAUGUCAUCGACGAAUAGGCACACGGCUCUGGCAUCUAGAGAUCUCUCAGGAAGCGGUUACGAAGAUCUCCAGGAACUCCCUCACUCACCGCAAGUCAGUAUCUGAAUGUUGUCGAGGAGUGUCAUGUUCAAGUAUCCGAGACGAUGACGAGGAGUAUAGUUGUUGUAGUACAUCAUAUCAGGGAAUGCGACAGUUUCUUUCACCUUCUGAUUACCUAUAGUGUGGAGUGCCAACAAAAACUUCCCCCAGCUCCAACGAUUUUGAAGUGUGUCCUGUGAAACUAUCCAGAUUAAGUUCUUCGUUAUCCAAUUCUCCGUAAUGAAAUCAGCAAUCGUUGUGCUUCAAGUCCGUACCUAUCGUUUUCGAAGACAACUAUGUUGGGGGUAAGUUUCCAAUGUUGACCACCAAGUCCAGGACAGAUUCUGGUUGGUGUCGAAUUUCAGAUCCUAAAACUGCAUAGAUUUAUGUUUUCGUUAAGCGCAAGGGUGUCUGAGGUGUAAGCACUCCUUUGCUCUGCAAGACAAUGGGUCUUCUGGUGUUGAAACGAGUGUACGGUUAGUGUCUUUUUCGUUGGCGGAGCUUUCCUGGCUCUUCUCUCCUGCUCUCGUCUCCUAAAAUGCAGGUUUAGGGUGUUUUGCGUUUUUGGCGGUGACAUGAUGUAACAGUUCUGUGAAUAAAUAUGCAGUGCAUGUAUAGAUGCACUUAUGUCCGUGUACAUCAU